UUAAUUUUCUCGGUAAGUAGAAUUGAUCCGCUAAACCGGGAAAUUGUACCGGUUUAGUUAACGUCGAAACGUAAUCAAAAUUUAGGGCACCACUAAGCGGGAAGGAGCGCCUCUAAGAAAUUUCAAACUCAAAAAAAUCGAAAACAACCGUUGAGAAAAUGCCCCUAUACAUCCACAUAAUUACAUCUCUACCCCACAAUUCCUUUUUUUAAUUCCCUUUAGCUUUCCCUCUUCUCCGUCCCCAAAAUCCAUUUUUCGUUUCCGAUCGCAUUUCUUCUUCUCAAGGUUUGCUUCUCUUCCUGAUUCUUCGAUUAGGCUUGAUAGACUUUUUCUGGGUGAUAUAAGAAGAUGGGUCAGAUCCAGUACUCCGACAAAUAUUUCGAUGAUACUUUUGAAUACAGGCACGUCGUACUUCCUCCGGAAGUUGCUAAGCUUUUACCGAAGAAUCGCAUUCUCUCCGAAAGUGAAUGGAGAGCUAUAGGAGUGCAACAAAGUCGUGGAUGGGUUCAUUAUGCGAUUCAUCGUCCUGAGCCACAUAUCAUGCUCUUUAGGAGGCCUCUUAACUACCAGCAGGAGCACCAAGCUCAGAUUGCUAAGUAGAAUUAUGCAAAAUUCUCCCUAAUCUCUGUUUAUGUUUCUCGUAAACGAGUUUUUAAAACACUACUCUGAUGAUAUAUUCCUUUUUCUAUUGUGUUUAGGAAUUCUCUUCAGUGGAGAGAAUCAUGUGAGUUUGGUAGAACAACUUUUUAUGUUAUGUUAAGUCUGGUUCUUUGCUAGACUUUGUUUGGAUCCACGUUUGAAUUUCUUCAUGUUUAAGCUGUUAUUUCUCAUGCUUAUUUGCUUGUUUCAUCA